AUGAAGGAUAUUCAAGAAAUUGACGACAACCUGGAAGGGCUACAUGGUCUAUUCCACCUCAAAAUAGAUACAAUGGUGCUAUAUACUAAAGAGGUCGAAAGUAUUUGCUCUGGUGCCCUAAAUGCUUCAAAUAUUCGCCAUCCUCCGAUCACGUCGCGCAUCAAAUCAUGGGAAUCAGCCAAAGGCAGCAUCUACCGAAGGCACCAGGAACGCCUUGUACGUAGUCGUUUGUAUGAUGCCGUGAAAGCGCAAGGUCGGCGAUGGGAAGAUUAUACUCGUGAAUCAGGAUUGAGCCCGGAAGGUUACGACAUGGAGCCUUUCAAAUCCCCAGAAGACAUGCUUGCUGCAUUGCAUGACUUUGGUGGCAUACGAAUAUCACUCUAUUUCCCAGGAGACCUUGAGCGAGUCGCCGCCAUUAUUGAAAAGAGAUUUGAUAUCAUUCGACGGAUAGAAAAGGGUCAUGGCUCCCAAGUCAAUGUGCAGGGCUUGGAAGAACGUCUUGAAUUGUUUCAGAACUCCGAGAGAACCACGCAAACUACGGCCAAUUCUAAGGAACUUCAACGAUCUAUGCGAACAUUCACAGGAUAUAAAGCAACACACUUCGUUGUGAAAUUGCGGGAUCAAGAUAUCCCGCCGGCUCGAAAGUAUGGUUGGAAGGACGUCAUUACUGAAAUCCAGGUAGGAACACUGGUGAUGCAUGUAUGGUCUGAAAUCGAGCACGACAUGAUCUACAAACCACUCGAUUCCCAAGGUGAAAAGGUAUCGGAAGACGAGGAACGCAUCCUAGACUUGAUCAACGGCAUUGUUUUGACAGGCGAGGCCGCACUACGGCAACUCGAGGCCAGCACGUCUAAGCGUCUCAGCCAACGCGCGGAAAAUAAAGACAUAAUGGCGAGCAGCCACUAUGAGCUCGCCACAUGGAUCGAGAAAGACUGUGAAGAACGCGGAACGGUUCUCCAAGGCGCGGAAUGGAGGCUCUUGGAACAGCUAUUUACCAUUUUGAAGACUACUGGAGAUCACAGACAUUCUGAUGUGACAAAUAUGAUUGAAGAUGCAACUCGACAGACCUCGAGUCGCCAUUCUCUACCGGGCGAGAUGCUCCAGGCUCUGUGUAAGCGGCCUAUAUGUCCAGUGUGGCAACAAUUCAAUGAAUCCACCCUAAUUAGCGUGAUUCAAAACGCCCGGCUUUGGGCGUUACGCCUUGUGCAUAGCCUGAACCUCGCCAUGUAUUUUGGUAUUCUUGAAGAGUUCCUCGGCGUAACUAAUCUACCCCUCCGCCGUCCAUCGAUUGCGUCCUUUCUCGAAAUUUUGCAUCCAGACCAACCCGGGUGCUCGAGUCCAGAAACUGCUGAAAGCAUUACCAACUGCUGCAGAGCAAUUCUUGACCCCAAACACCGGCUCAAGAAUCCAUCGAAUGAUCUAAUUAAAGUAGCAAUUAAUCUACCAGUGACAAACAUGGUGGCAUGCUGCGCCGAUUCAGGCAGUCUUUUCCCAAUUCCAGCCAUCAUCAGCCGGCUAUUGCCCAAUGAUGAUGACACGAACAAAAAGUCUGGACCCGAUACAGAGAAACCGUAUCGUGUAAUUGAUUUCAUUGAGUUCUAUCUUUCCAAUGUCAACAACAGAGACCAUAAAAUUGUGCUAUGGGAUCACCUCACAUCACAAUCAGGUGAUCGGGAGCACAGACGACCGAUCGAGGAUCGCUUCUUUGUCCCCAUUUCCGAGCCACUGUCCGGGAUAAUGGCACCAUGCCGUUGGCAAUUGACAGAUCGUGGCGUACAAUUGAACUUACAGAAGAUGGAUCCGGAUGACAUCGGCAAGGCAGCCAAAGCCAUCCCAGGCGGCUAUCCGGCUAUCAGGUCUAGCAUUCCCAAAGUUGAUGCUGAACUCGAACUUGCUUACCACCUCUAUCCGAGGGAACAAUGGGCGGGUGUUCGCACGGCCUGGGGUAUGGCCAGAGCUUUGAGAUCCCAACCAGAAGUUGAAAUUAUCCCAUCUUCUAAAAGAAAGAGCGUACGCCACAAAUCGGCUAAUGCCAGGACGUCACACACCCCUACCGGUGCGAUCAGUUCCAAAAUCCAUGAAAAUCUGGAUUCGGGAAAUCACAAGUACGACUAG